AUGGCCGAAAUUAAGGAACAAGCCAUCCGAUUAAAUGAUGAUGAUUUAUCUCCCGAGGAAAGAGAAAAAAUAAGUAUUGAAAAGUUUGUUCUUGAUUUGGUUCUGAGAUGGAAUGUGCAAGAUUACUUUGAUGAUGAUAUUGAGAAAAGCUUUCAAGUUCCGUUUUUUUUGAAUGAACAUUUUAAUAAGUAUACCAUGUACAGCUUGCUGUUUUUUAGAAAUAUAUUGUUUGAAUCUGAAUAUUAUAUGGAGGAGUACAUUAGAGAAUAUCCAAAGAUAGCAAUUUAUUCUCCCAUGUUCAAAUGUUUUGCUAGUUUUGUAAAGGAAGAAUAUGACUUGAAGAGCAAGAGAUCUUCUAUGUUAAAUCAAAUUCCCUUCUUGAACUUUAUUAUUAAGCUAUUUAAUUCUGUAGGAGUUGAAGUUAAGGUGAAUGAUUAUUUGAGAGAUGAGAAUGGAAAUAUCCUGGUCAAUCAAUUACUAGCAAUCAGCUAUGAACAAUUUAAUAUGUGUGGAAUAGUUUCAAGUGACUUGUCAAUAGAGAGCGAAGAGGAAUGGAGAAACUGUAUUUUCACAUCACACAUAAUGCAAAGAAAACACACCAACACACAAAGAAUGUUCUCUCUUUGUUUCAUCAUCCAUGGUUGUAAAAUUACCUUCUUUUAUUCACAUCAACCAUAUUCAUUGGAUUAUUUCUUAUUCAAUAAGAUUCAAACUUGGGACUUUUGCAAUGCAGAUCAUCUUAUUGAAAUAGUUGGAUGCCUUUUCAUGUUUAUAAAUCUUUCUUGGAUGAAUUCAAAAACAAAUCCUUUUGGAUAUAUUGGUACACAGAUUCUUUCUGCAAUGAACACUGUUGCACUUUAUGAACAAAAACUAAAAGAAAAACUAAAAUAUGAAGAGGAGAGACAACAGUAUCGGAUAAUUAAGGAAAAGCAUAGAUUGUUAAAAAAAAAGAGAAAGGACAAAAAAAUUAAGUUUACUGAGAGUGUUAUUGACCAAUUAUUGAAAUGCACAAUUACCAAAUAG